UUUCCUUCUUCUUCAAGUUAUGUCAUACCAUCCUCUACUUCACUCUCUGAAUUUUCAAAAACAAAACUUUACUAUCUGUGACUGACUCUAUAUUUCUUACACACACACACGCAAACACAAAAUCUCAGCCAACCCAGAGCAGAGUUUGUGUUCUUCAUCAUCAUCAAAGAUCAUUAAACACUCAAAAAGUCUCAGACUUUCCCUUUCAUUGAUUCAUCCACCUUCAUUCUGCGCCCAAUAAAAGCAACCCCACCAACACAAACAUGCGUCGUGGAACUGGCCGUGGCAGAGCUAGGAGCACCGGAAUCAAGUGGGUUCAAAAGUUGACCAGUGAUUCAGUGCAUCGUCACAGCCCUGAGACUGUUGGUGGUGAGGAUGGAUCCUCCAUAGUCAAAAGGAAUAAUUCACAGCAAAGGUCACUGGGUAGUGUUCCAAAGAACUCCGAGCAUAAACCCAAAUUAGGUAGCAGAAACCGGCAAGAGUGGCAUUCACAUGGCGGCAAAGAUGGUUUUGCUAAUAUAGUGAGGUCUCAACAAGGAAUAAAUUCACCAGAGAGUGUAGGCAGUAGAUCAAAACAAUUCAAGUGCAUAGGUACUCCAGAUUCAGCCCAUAAACAGGAUUUUCUUCAAUUGUCUGGGCGGUCUGAUUCUGAGGACUUGGAUGCAGGGAGAAUUCAGAGUGGGAAAAUCUUAAGUGUCAGUUUGGAGGUGAACAUGGAAUUCAAGUUGAAAAUUUCUGUCCAUCAGGAUGAGACUCAGGUCCUUUCUGUAUCUGCUAAAAAAUAUGAGCCUUCUUCAAGCAAGGAUCCAAAAAGUUCUGCAGGCCAUAAAAAUUUAGAGCAUUCUGAGCACUCUGCAAUGCUUGACUCUCUUGAUCUCUGCCCAACCAAAUCUGAGAAAACUGUUAUGCUCAAACCUCCUUUACUAGUACAGAAUAGAGGAAGGCGGAAUGAAAUCAAGUCCUCCUUGGAGGGGCAAAAUGGAAUUGUGUUGAGGGCUGGGAUGGUCCUUCUAAAGAGUUACAUAUCAUUCAGUGAUCAGGUCAAAAUAGUAAAUAAAUGCCGAGACCUUGGUCUGGGUCCUGGAGGUUUCUACCAAACAGGUAACCGUGAUGGAGCAAAACUGCGAUGGAAGAUGUACCUCGGUAAAAAUUGGGACCCUGAGACAGGUAACUAUGGAGAUCACCGUCCAGUUGAUGAGGCUAAACCACCCACUAUACCUGCUGAAUUCUAUGAGUUAGUAAAACAAUCAAUUGAAGAUUCCCAUUCCCUUAUUCAGAAAAAUUCCAAAUCAAGCAAUGUAGAAAGCAUACUUCCCUGGAUGUCACCAAACAUUUGUCUUGUAAAUUAUUACUCUGAAAAUGGUCGACUUCGUCUCCAUCAGGAUCGUCGUGAAAGCCAAGAAAGUCUUGCUAAAGGUUUACCUGUGGUCUCUUUUUCAAUUGGUGACAAGGCAGACUUCUUAUUCGGUGAUCAGAGGGAUGUUGACAAGGCAGAGAAGGUUGUGUUGGAAUCCGGAGAUGUUCUUAUAUUUGGUGGAAAAUCUAGGCUUAUUUUUCAUGGUGUUACAGCCAUUCACCCAAACAGUGCACCAAAGUCCUUGCUUGAAGAAACAAAACUCCGGCCUGGCCGAUUGAAUCUUACUUUCAGACAGUAUUGAAAACCUUGGUAUAUAUUUGGAA